UGUGUAGUCCGCGAUCGACAGUCGCCGUGUGCUCAAACAUUUACAGGUAUUAUUCCUGUGUUUUUUAACGUUUCCGCGACAACAGACUAUUCUCGCGCAAUCGCAGUAAUAUCAUUUACCUCCACCCGGUUUUUGACAGUUACUACGCAGUCUCUAGACAGAUCCUGAAGUUGAAGAACCAAGGAAGAUCCUAUCCACACCCCUUUUAUCCGAAAUUUCACCAUCCCAAUUAUUUUUUAAUCACCACCCCUAGAAAAUCAAUAAACCAUAGCUCAAGAAUUGUUCCUUCUCAAUUUGAAUAAGUGUCACUUUUGUAACAGUACUCCGUGGACCAAUCGUUGAAAUCUUCCGUUAACAUCAAACUCUCAACUAUGAAAAUUCAUUGAUUUUCCCUCGUUUGUUUGACUGACCGGGCCUUGAGAAAACCCGUGAGCGUGGCACGUGCAGUUGGUUACUCACCUUGUUGUGCCUUGUGUUGAAAAAACCCAUAAGAGGAAUAUCUCAGCAAGAUGGAUUUUAAGUUCAAUGUGAAUAGACUCUUGCCGAGAAAAAUAAACAAGGUCACACAGAGCUUAAUACCGGAAGACUUCAGAGGCGAUCGACGCGAAUUAAAUGAAUACCAGAGGCAAUUAUCAAGGAUCUUGGACGAGAUGGGUGAGGCAUCAGCAAGAGCCCAGGGUCUGAGCAAGCCAAUAACAAGUGCUAUGAAGCUCCGAGACACUGACCACAUCGUUUAUCUUCUCGUUGACGCCGAGGGCAAUGGGGGUCUCGGGUGUGUCGUGGGCCUCUUGAAGACUGGCUCCAAGAAUCUCUUCAUGUUCGAUGACGGUGGAGUGCAUUUCCAGUUACAGCCGAGAUGCAUUCUCGAUUUUUACAUUCAUGAAACUAGACAACGCAUGGGAUUGGGAAAGGUUCUCUACCAACAUAUGCUGAUGGAAGAGCGUAUGAGGCCUGUGAAGCUGGCGAUCGAUCGUCCGUCCGAGAAAUUCCUGCAAUUCCUGCAUAAGCAUUACGGGCUCGAGAAGAUCAUACCACAGAACAAUAAAUUCGUCGUGUUCCAAGGCUUCUUCGACGAUGAGUUCCAAGACGUUAGGGGCAAUCGAUACAGUUUACAGUCGCGAGGCUCUGUGGACAGCUCAGCGUAUAACAACAAUGAGAUUCGAAAAUCUCAAUCAGCUAGCAUUAAUGGACACACAACCCCCCAUUCAGCAGCCCCACGAAGCUCCUAUGGACGUUACGCAGCGGCCAGGCCACAAUGUUCCAUGGCCAAUAUAAUUCAUAAUGCCCCAGUUUUUGGCCAGACAACCGAACGAACUGGUGAAAUACCGUCAACCCCUGGUCCCAAAGUGGAACGUCCUCGUUCCCUGAGUCUCUACUCUGAGGAUGAGCACAGGACUCGUCCCCAGGAGACGAGCAAUGCACCAACUCCUGCGGCUGAGUACGUGCCCCAGCCAACGCCUUUCGUGGCACUACGACCAAUACCAACGCCUGCUCCACCACCUGUGGCAGAGCCAGAACCCGUGCCCGAGCCCGAACCAGAGCCAGAACGAUCUCCGAACCCCGAGCCAAUUCCCAAAGAGAUUGAGCCUGUAAUUCCCGUUCACGUCGAGGAGAGACCAGCAACGAGUGUAAAAGCAUCGCCAUCUUGUGCACAAGAAGUUGGUGGUAAUCAGUCAGGACACUUGGACCUCAAAUUCUAUCAUUCUCCUUUGUGGUAGAGAAUGUGAAACACCAAUUUCCACAUGCUUAGAAAAAUGUUUUGAGAGUUCUUGAAUUUUAAUUGCUUUUGCAAGAAUUAUUGCCAAAGAAAUAUCUGUAAAAAUGCAGUAACUCUAGUAAAAAUUCGAAUAUUUGAGUAAUUUUUUUUCUAAUUUUUACUAGAGUUAUUGCAUUUUCUACAGCAUUAUCAAAAAUUCAGGGAGAACUUUCAAUAAUUCUUCUCUACGUGCCGCCAAUUCGAACAUAAGGAAAAUAAGCUAAUUAAUAAAAUUACUUCACUGACAAUUUUUUCAGUAAAAAAUACGCAAUUUGUAUAUUUAGAUCACGGUGUGGAGUUUAUGUUCUUGUGUUAUUCAACCACUUUCUCCUUUUCGGUCCGAUAGCAUUGAACAAAAUUAGCAUUGUAGAAGACAAAUAAUGACAAAUUAUCUGUAGAAAUUACUGGCAACGCACAGCCGCCUGAAUUCACAUCGCUCUAAACUCACAUUAAAAACAUUAAAAAAUUUAGAUAUGCUAUUCCUCGCCCCUUAUUUAUUUGUAUAUAGAAUAAACCGUACGAAAUUGAAUUAAAUAAUUCAAAAUAUACGUCAUAGAAUUAUAAUAAAAAUAAUGAAGAACUCAUGAAAACCCUUUUACUCAUUACAAUAGAAAUAUGUGAAUAACAAGAAAAAAGAUUGAACAUGCAAUCAAAAAUCAGACAUGGGGAUAAAAAUAUUGAAACUCGAUACAAAAUAUUCACAACAAUCUUGAUAUGAUAUUUUACAGAAUAAAGACUCGGUUAAGACAUCAA